CUUUAAAGCGGGAAUCCUGGCAGACCGAAUUCGGAUUUUUAUGAAUUAAAAUAAGUUCUCUCAUCAUGGAUUAUCGACGAAAUUCUCGUGAUUUGAAUGAUGUAAUAGAAUAUGCAAAGUUAGAUGCAAAAAACAUUACAAAAGUUUGUCAGGCAAUUUAUUUUCCGAAUUUCUCUAAUGGAAACAACUAUAAGCUUCUCGAGUUAGAUCAACAUAUGCUGAAGGAAAUAGAAAGUGGACAAAAUCUAGUUUUUAAAGGAGGGUUGCACGAGAAAGUCGUCUUAUGUUCAAGUAAUGAAACUUAUGAAGUGAGAAACGCUGAACAGUCGAACUCAAUGCUUGUAAUUCCCGAACUGCUACAUGCUGAAGCAACAAGUGACAGUCCAUUACAAAAACCUCUUUCUGACAAUAUAAAUAAAUCUCUUGAUAAGAGUUUAGAAAAUGAAGAAAAUGAAACAUCACAACCACCUUUAAUAGAUCAUCAAAUCGAACACAAACAAAUUCUUAAAAUCUUCUACGAUUACUUAGAAUGUCGGCAGAUUAAGCCACGAAUCAAAAAGAUUCAAGAUUUGAUUCAUUUGAAUACUUAUAAUGGAUCAGAAAAUGAGCAUUUAACAGACAGACAUUCCAUGUUUAGCCGUCGUCAACUAUUUGACACUGCUCAAUGCUCUGCUGGUGAGUUCGAUGAAAUCUUGAAGAAAAUUCGUUGCAUCGAAGUGAAUGGAUUUAUGCGUCUUCUUGAUUACGGUUACGAAUAUCGAGUAGUGACAUUAAUGAUGAGUGUAAUGACUGAAAACAGUUGGGGCUUGGAAGAAGUCGAUAGAAAUGAAACAUUAACAGCGCUUGAUGGAAUCGUUCCAAACGAAAUAACUGAAGCAAUGUUUGAAUUUUACACUGAAGAAGUUGCAGAAACUGGAAAAUUCCGAUACAAAGAAGACAUGGUUUGUAGAAUAAUUGCACAAAAUGUUCUUCAAGAAGGUUUGAAAUUUCAUAUUGAUGAGUUUUUUGAGACAUGUCAGGGAGCGCUUCCAGAUGGUAUGCAAAUGAAAGAAGAAUAUCUUGACGGCAUUGGAAUUGUUGAUCGUGAAUCUUCGAUGCCGAAUAUUCGUGGAUUAUUUGAAGAAAAUUUACCAAUGAAUUUAUCAGAUCGUUUGAGGAAACUUUUUAAAACAAUGCCACGUUGGACAUUGUCACAGAUCUCUCCUUACGUGGAAGUCUUUACGACACCUCAACUUGGUGUCACUUCACUGCUUGCGAAAAAUGUUCGCUCAGUUACAGAGAAUGGAAUCCGAUUUUAUGUUGCUAAGCAUCAUACAAUUUUGUUCGAUGUUCGGGUGAUGCUCCAACUUGGUUCUGAUGUUGACUUUGGAUGGCUGAAUGAACAGACGUUAACCAAUCGCAAUGGUUGAGAUUAUGCAGAUUCAACUUCAUCAUUCAAGAUUUAUCAGGUAAGGACUUUCAAGAAAAAACGAAAUAUUUCUUCAAAGUUAUCGAUGAAUUUGA